GGCCUGCAGGAUCAUGAAACAUUUUGGUCCAGAGGAUCUAGUGACAUCUCGGGUUAAGUUCACUCGCUGCUUGUACGCUCAGCUGGUUCAGCAGUCAUUUCAACCUGAUCGGAGGAGCGGCUGGAAGCUCCCAUCCCCCUCAAGUUCAAAGUUCAAGUCCGCUGAUCUUGGCAUGAAACUGGCCCAUGGUUUUGAGAUUCUUUGCUCCCAUUGCCAUGGCAACAAGAAAGAUGCUGAUCAUGUUAGCACCACUCCAACAGAGCCUGAAGAUCUAGCAAACGGAGCAAGAUGGGAGAAAUUUCUCCAUAGUCUGACAGAGAAAGGCUUCUUUAGGGGUGAGCUGAAAGGUUCCAAGCUGUACAAGGAAUUAUUAAAGUCUGCCAAACAGUUUUAUGCCAGCAUGGUCAAUGGAAAUGAACAGACCAGCCAGACAUGGCUUGGAGAACCAGGUCAUCAGGUCAUGAGUCUUCUCAACAAGGUCCAUUGUGACAUCAUGCAGCUGAAGAAGGAAGAAAAGAAUCUACCUCCGCCUGAUAGUGAUGGUUGGAUGGAACUCGGCAUCGAGGAAUUGGACGACAUGAUCGCCAAGGCUGCUGGGAAGGCUACACGAUCAGCUCCAGCAGGUAGCAAGCCCAAAGCUGACAGAGGUCAAAGGUCAGAAGGUCAUCCCGACGAAGUGAACUUUGACCCAGGUCAGGUGACUGAGUCUCUGAAGUCCUUCGUGGAUGCGGUCUCGGGGCUGAAAGGGGUGGAGUUCCCAGCAGACGAGGGCAGGAUGGGAAAUAUAGAUUUCAACCCGGAUGAGUUUGAGCAGGUCAUGAGAAACAUCCUAGAUUUCCGAGAGCCGAACACGGCCGAUGACUCCGACUCGGAUUCUGAUCUAAUGAGAGACAGAGAUUACCAAUCGGGAGAUGACACAGAUGAUGAUGAUGCUGCUGAGGGGGAACAAUCGGAUGGUUGCCAUGACGAUGAAGGGAUACGAGAGCUCAUGGAGCAGAUGGAUCGAGAGCUUGCUAGGACAGAGGUCGGCAAGAGCUUUGAGAGAGAAGGGGUGAUGGAGGAUAAUACUGAGGUAAACAUGAUACCAUCAUCGAUGAUUAGUCCAGUAGAUGAUAAGACUCACAUAACAAUGGAACAGCCCAACAAUCAGAAUGGCAUGGCCACCCAUGGACCGUCCCACUCCACGAAAGGGGGAGAUGAUGAAGAGCUGAGGGACGAUGAUGAAUACAAACCAGUAGAAGUGGAUGUAAAUCUUUUGAAGAACAUUCUAGAGUCCUAUAGCUCCCAACAGGGUUUAGCUGGACCAGCAUCUAACAUCCUUCAUUCCAUGGGGGUCCAUGUUCCCGUCAAUGCUGAUGAUGAUGAUGGAGACAGAUGACCCUAGUUCUUGGUCAGAACGCUUUGAAGAACAUUCUAGAGUCCUACAGCUCCCAGCAGGGACUAGCUGGACCGGCAUCUAACAUCCUCCAUUCCAUGGGGGUCCAUGUUCCCGUCAAUGCUGAUGAUGAUGACAGAUGACCCUAAUUCUUGAUCAGAAAGCUUUGAAGAACAUUCUAGAGUCCUAAAGCUCACUGCAGGGACUAGCUGGACCAGCAUCUAACAUCCUUCAUUCCAUGGGGGUCCAUGUUCCCGUCAAUGCUGAUGAUGAUGGUGGAGACAGAUGACCCUAGUUCUUGGUCAGAACGCUUUGAAGAACAUUCUAGAGUCCUAAAGCUCACUGCAGGGACUAGCUGGACCAGCAUCUAACAUCCUUCAUUCCAUGGGGGUCCAUGUGCCCGUCAAUGCUGAUGAUGAUGAUGGAGACAGAUGACCCUAGUUCUUGGUCAGAACGUUGUAUGUUAGUAUCAGGCUGCUGGAAAUAUCCUAGGAGGAAUGAAUUUCUAUCCAUAUUUGAGGAUUUUAUACCUUGACAACUGUACUUCCCAUUUGUUUAACCAGGGGGGUGUUUCAUGAAAAGACUUGUUAGAUAUUUUAUACAGCAAGGUCUGCAGUUUUAGCUGACAAUUUCCAUGGUAACAAUCAGAUACCUGUGCUUCUCAGCCAAUCAAACUCAAGAAAAGGAGUCGGAUCUGAAAGCUUUAUGUCAUCAAAAACCUACUUGAGCAUAUAGGGGACUUUGGAAUUAACUCGAUUUCCUGUGCAGUUGCCCUUGUCUUCAACAGGACUGCAUUAUGUGUACUAAAUUUUCCAUGGACGUUUCCAACAUUGCUGGACCCUGUCUUACAAAGAUUUGUUAUUGAUCUGAUAAAAAGCCAGAAAUCCUAUCUAGAAUGCAUAUUUCCAUUCUAGUGUUUUCUCUAUGUGAUCCAUAUUCAUGCAAGAAUCAGUGUCUUUGAAAAUUCAUUGUGCUCCUCUCCGUUUCCAAUGGGACUGUAAGAAGAAUCAUAAGAAUUAUGAGAUGUUGCAAUGGAUCAGAUUAAUCACAACUCUUUGUAAAAAAAGGUUCCGGGAGGUGUUUCACAAAGAUUUAAGUAUGACUUAGAAUUGCAUUUAAAUGCCUAGUUGCACGUGGCAUAAAAGGCAUGACCGCAUUGGUCAGAUCAUGCGAAGAGAACGCGCAUUUCUGCGUAUUGAUCAAUAAGAUUGCGCGUUGCAUAUCAUAUACGCGUCGGCAUUUAAGUGCGACUCUAAGUCAUACUUCAAUCUUUGCGAAACACCCCCCAGGUCUACCUAUCCUUGUGAUACAAUUGUUUCAUGCUGGGCUUUGUGUCAUGAGAUUGAUCACCAUCAGUGAUAAGAGUGCCACUGAUACGAUCUGUAGUUCUAAGCUAUUUAAAUCCUGAUACAUGAUUGGCUGGGUAAGAACAAAAAUUCAGCUUUGAUUAACAGGCCCAAGGAUGUCAAGGGACCUAUAUGUGGCAUCCAGAGGCUAUUACAGCACAAAAAUAUUUUUUCUCUCGUCUGAAGAGAGAAUUUUCUAGUGAACCGAAUGAUAUUAAUUAUGUAACAAUUGUUAUGUCAUAACGUCUGCAUAGCUUCUGAACAUCUAAUAAAAUGAAGAUAACAAUUUA